AUGGAGUACGAGACGCUCAAAGAGCAAUGGAGCGACGUCGAGGAUCGCGAUGGUGUUCGCCUGAGCUGGAACGUGUUCCCUAGCUCCCGUAUGGAAGCAUCGCGAUUGGUCGUGCCGAUUGGUGCCCUCUAUACCCCGUUAAAAGAGAAGCUUGACACGCCAUUGCUGCAGUUUGAACCAGUCACUUGCAAGCAGCCGUGCCGCUCCGUGCUGAACCCAUUUUGCCAAGUCGAUGUUCGCGCUCGUGUCUGGAUCUGCCCUUUCUGCUUGUCGAGGAACUCGCUCCCUCCCCACUACAAAGACAUCACGCAAAACGCGAUUCCGCCGGAACUGCACCCCGCAAACACGACCAUCGAAUAUCGAUUGUCCAGACCUGCCCCCGCUCCUCCCAUAUUCUUCUAUGUCGUCGAUUUGUGCCAGGAAGAUGACGGUCUGGCUGCGCUCAAGGAAUCUCUGGUCAUGAGUCUCAGCCUGCUUCCUGAAAACGCAUUGGCACAAGUUCACGAGAUCGGCUACGAGGGUUGCGCGAAGUCGUAUGUUUUCCGAGGAAAUAAGGACUAUUCUGCGAAGCAAGUUCAAGACAUGCUCGGCCUUUCAUCUUCUACAGCUCGACCGGGGAUGCAGCAGCAGCCCGGACGGCCCAUGCCUAUGGGUCCGGCAUCGAGAUUCCUUAUGCCAGUCCAGCAAGCGGAGUUCCAGCUCACUAAAGCUUUGGAGGCGCUUCAGAAGGAUCCGUGGCCGACAUCAAACGAUCGCCGUAAUCUGCGCUGCACUGGCGUGGCCCUCAGUGUGGCGAUCGGUCUCUUAGAGUCGUCAUUCCAAAACGCCGGAGGACGCAUCAUGCUUUUCGCUGGUGGGCCGGCCACGGAGGGCCCAGGAAUGACAGUUGGACCUGAACUACGGGAACCAAUGAGAUCGCACCAUGAUAUUGAUCGCGAUAACGUGAAGUAUUACAAGAAAGCUCUAAAGUUCUACGACAAUUUGGCAAAGCGCACAGCGCACAAUGGCCACAUAAUUGACAUUUUCGCUGGCUGCUUGGAUCAAGUCGGACUCCUCGAAAUGAAAGGACUCUGCAAUUCUACUGGUGGCCACAUGAUCCUAACGGACAGCUUCACAUCGUCCAUGUUUAAGCAGUCUUUUAUUCGGGUUUUUGAGAAAGACGGUGACGACAAUCUCCUCAUGGGCUUCAACGCGGUGCUGGAGGUCCUGACGACCAAGGAGCUGAAAGUGACUGGUCUCAUCGGGCACGCAGUUUCCCUCAACAAAAAAUCAGUCUCUGUCGGUGAAACUGAAUGCGGCAUUGGCAACACUUGCUCCUGGAAAAUGUGCGGCAUUGAUCCCAAAGCGAGCUACGGUGUCUACUUUGAGGUCGCCAACCAAGGCCCCAGUCCUCAUCAGCAAGGACCUCAGAAGGGCAUGAUGCAGUUUCUUACCUACUAUCAACAUUCGUCUGGCCAAUUCCAUCUGCGCGUCACUACCAUCGCCCGCAAUUUGAGCGGACCCGCUGGCGAUCCAGCAAUUGCUCAGUCGUUCGACCAGGAAGCUGCUGCUGUGCUGAUGAGCAGAAUAGCGGUUUUUAAAGCCGAGGUUGAUGAUGGGCCCGACGUGCUUCGUUGGGUAGACAGAAUGCUGAUUCGACUCUGCUCGCGCUUCGCCGAUUACAGGAAGGACGAUCCAUCAUCAUUUCGGCUGGAAAAGAAUUUCACCCUUUAUCCCCAAUUCAUGUUUCACCUGCGCAGAAGUCCAUUCUUGCAAGUUUUCAACAACUCUCCUGAUGAGACAGCCUUUAACAGGCAUGUGCUGAACCACGAAGACGUCAGCAAUUCACUCGUGAUGAUUCAGCCAACACUCGACUCUUACACAUUCGAUCAGGAUGGCGGCCAACCUGUGCUGCUCGACUCCGCCUCUAUUCAGCCUACACACACCCUCCUCCUGGACACAUUCUUCCACAUCCUCAUCUUCCAUGGCGAGACAAUCGCAGAAUGGCGGAAAGCCGGUUAUCAAGACCAGGAAGGCUAUGAAAAUUUCGCGGCUUUGCUGGAGCAACCGAAAGAAGAUGCCAGAGAUUUGAUCACGGACAGAUUCCCACUCCCUAGAUUUAUUGUCUGUGACGCGGGUGGCUCCCAGGCCCGAUUUCUGCUCUCUAAGCUCAACCCGUCUACCACGCACACGACCGGGCCGUACGGUGGAGCCGGAGCGGCCUCUGGCCAAACAAUCUUUACCGACGACGUGUCUUUACAAACAUUCAUGGAUCACUUAAUGAAACUUGCUGUCAGUGGCGCCAACUAG